AUGACAUCAUUUUUAUUAACUUUUGAAAUAAAUUAAUCUUCCUUUAGUUAAAUAUCAAUUUUCCAGUUUUAGAAUACCAUAAACAAUGGAAUUACCACCGAUUUGCGAGGAGAAAAAAAUUCAAAAAAAUUCAAUGAUAUUCUUUUGAAUGAUUUGUUGUUCUUUCGUUAAGUUCUGGUUUCUUCCCAUGUUUAUGAUGGGUAUUAAUAUCAUUAAUAUUAGUCACAUUAUUUUAUUUGAAACAACUAGUUAUUAAUUUCCCAGCAAAUUAUUCCCAAUAUUUUUGAUUUUCAUCAAUAGAAAACAACAGAGAACAUCUGAAUAUAUUUCUCUCAAGAAUAUUACAUUAUAAAUUUAAUUACUUCCAAAUCAAAAUCAUUUGAUGAAGCUUAAACCUCAUCUAAAUCCUAUUUGUAAUAAAAUACUUUUUUCUAUUAAUUAAAUCCUUAAAGUAUGA